CCUCAUUCCUGCUGACUCCCUGCUCACCCUCUCCUCUUUGCCUCCUCGCCUCACCCCUCUGGAUGCCAGUAGCUUCUAGUCAUGGAGCAGACGACAGUCACACACCAACCAGGACUGUCAGUGAACCAAACCUCAGCAUCAGCGUUUCAUGAAGACGAAGUGGGAGGCUCCACCACAGGAAGUGAAGAUAUCUGGGGGUCAUAUGAUGUCCCUGCAGCGACAGACCCAGUGCUCACACAGCCCGGCCUUGGCGUCACCACGACAACCAUCACCACCAUCACACAGACGGGAGGAGGAUGGAGCACUGGCCUGUUUGACGUCUGUGGAGACACGACUACAUGUAUUCUUGGGGCCCUGGUGCCAUGUUGUUUGGACCUGAGUUUAGCUCACCAGUAUGGCGAGUGUCUGUGCAUGCCUCUGUUACCAGGAUCCACUUUUGCCAUACGAGUUGGGAUCAGGGAGCGGUACAAGAUACGGGGCAGUGUGUGUGAGGACUGGACCACAGUGCAUUGCUGUUACCCCCUGGCUGUAUGUCAGAUGAUAAGAGAGAUGAAGCAGAGGAUGAAGACACAGACCUAUCAUGUGUCCACUGCCCUCGAAUGCUCCUGAAGAAACUGGAAUGAUUAGCACAAAGAAUCAAUACUACAAGGUUUUGAACUUACUUUUAUAUGCCCCUGAGGAAGCCUUGGAAAAUAAAUCAACCCUAUCCUACAACAUUCAAAGAAGACUGAAAAGGACAGACUUGAACAGCAUAAACAAUAAAAUAAUUAUCCGAGCUGUAGGGUCUCAACUAGUGUGUAGGGCUUAAAACUUCCUUGGAUGUUGUAAG